AUAACAAUAGUUAUUGCGAUAGCCUCGUUUUAUAUUAUUUCCUUUUCUUUUCUUUCUUAUUUGUUACGUUAUUCCUUUUUAUUACCUAAUCCGUACGGAUAUUUAGUCUUACCUACAUUAAUCAAUAGUUGGUUGAAAGACAAGACUAUAGAUUAAUAAGGUUAAAAAGAAUCAUAAAAGCGCUAGACGUUUUUUUUUUUUUUUUGACGAAAAGAGAUAGUGGCACUGGCGGUCACUAUGUUACCUUAAAGGUAUUUGGGGUUUAACUUGUGAGCCUACAAUAUUUGCGUUCCAUUAUGCAUUUUACAGCACCCUUGCUGUAUUCACAACCACCUAACAUGGCCUCAAUAUGGGAUAGAUAUAUCGACAAUGAUAUUUCAGGUAUCGACCUAACUAUUGACCUUGACGAUUCCGAAUUAGACAAAGUAACGGCGGAGGAAAUUAAUACGUAUUGUGCGGAAAGUUUUGCGUACUAUUUCGAGUACCACGACGAUAAAUGCGACGAGGAUAUAUGGGAUGAUUUUAAAGAUUUUUUUACGGGAUGGCAAGUAAGACACUUUUAAAAGGCAUACCCCUUGCUCCAGAGACUAAUGACAGACUAUUUCCUGUACCACGGAGUAUAUUUUGAUGAAAAGAAGACCACCUUUGAGAGACUAGAAACAAUUGCCAAUGCUGAAAAAUUCACGAAAUUCCUACUUGACAAAAGUACAUUUCUGUUAGAACGUUACUCCGAUAGUUUUAUCUUAAUGACUAACCCGUAUUACGUCGAUAAACUUAACAAAAUUACGGCCGAGAUAUUAUAAAUAUUCUGGACCCUAGCAUGCCGAGUACCUGCCUGUUUAGAAACAAUAUCUAGACCACCUUGGAUGCGGGCAAUAUAGCGAGAUGAAGCAUAGCUAAUUCCGACGGUACCGGAGCCUAUCUUACAGUUGACGACGAUACCGAAGCCGAUUCCAUAAGCAGUUCCGUUAAGGCCUAAUAAACCUAUUACGUAUACCCGAUCGAUGAGACCACGAGGCAUCACUGAUCAUGUUAAGGUGUAUUAUAACGAUAACGAAUAUAAGUAUGAGGAUGAAAGGUAUGACCUAACGGAUGGUAUAUUUGAUAAAGAGAUUAAGAUUGUUAAGGAUCUUCAUUAUAAGACUGGAAUUGGUUAAUUGUAUCGAAUCCACCAUAAUACACAAUUGUUUCUGAUUAGCCCCAGCUAACAAUCCUCACGAUUCGACAAAUGACCUCGUCCCCAGCCAGACGAUUCGACCGAAAAU